GGGUCCAGCGAGGCCUUCUCCCCCAAAUUUCAUUGCCCCGCGCGCCCCUCCUCCCACCUUCUUCCUCCUUCCAAAACACACAAGGAGGACAGACCUCAACUCAACUCAACAAUGGCGCGCGUGGCCGUGGUGUUCCUCGACCGCGCAGGACGGCCCCGGAUCAUGGUCGAGGGGUCCCUCUACCAGGGAGGAGCAUCGCUGUCAGUGCGAGUCCUCGACCGGCACGGGGUCGUACGCCUCACCGCCAUCAUGCUCGUGCUCCGCCCCAGCACGAUCGCGGUCGCCGUCGCGGUGCUCGACCGCCACGGGACGCCGCGACGGGUCUUCGUCCGCUUCCUCCGCAUGGAUCGCUCCUCGGAUAUCACGAUUCAUUUCUGCACCAUGCGCGCCGACGUCCACAACGUCGGCAGGCUUCCAAAUCGUCAUCGACUUCAAGCCGACCUCGACCUCGACCUCGACCUCAACCUCGACCUCCUCCUCGACCUCGUCUUCGACCUCGACCUCGCCCUCGCGCGGCCGCGUACCCACGCUCGAAACGGCCGAAGGCUUCCUCGCCUCCCACGUCAAGCCGGGGCGCUCGCCCUCGCCGUCGCGCGGCCGCGUGCUGACGCCUACAACGGCCGCGAGCUGCUUCGCAUUCUACGUCAAGCGCUGGCGCUCGCCGUCGCGCGGCCGCGUGCCCACGCCUACAACGGCCGCGACCUGCUCCGCCUUCCGCGUCAAGCGGUGGCGCUCGCCAUCGCGUGGCCGCGUGCCCACGCCCUCAACGGCCACGAGCUUCCCCGCUUUCCACGUCAAGCGGCGGGGCUCGCCGUCGCGCGACCGCGUGCCGACGCCUUCAACGCCCUCGUUGUGUUCCAUGGCGGGUUGGGCCUCCUAGCGCCCAACCGUCGCAUCGACGUCCCUGCGGGGGCGCUCGGAGACAUCCAGCACGCCAAUGCUGACCUCGCCCGGGGCCUGCUUCAGGCUUGGCGUCACAUGGUUGUCGCCGGAGGUCUCGCUCACCAGGCGCGCCUCCGAGGUCUCUUCCCCACCGCGGCGCUCGUCGUACACGGGCCUAUCUUUGCUCAGCGCCCCGCCGCGGCGCGCUCCCCACCGCGGUCCCCUCUCCUCGCCGCCGCGGAGGUUUGCGUCCUCGGGGCUCUACCAUUCCCCUUCAACGGGCCGCCGCGCUUCCAUGUUCCUCUUCCCGUCGCCGCGCUCGGACCUGGAGCGCAACCCAGCCUUCAGGCCGUCGCCGCGCUCGGCCCUGGAAUGCCACCCCGCGCUCUCCCUGUUGGAGCGCCCGGCCUUGGAGUUCCACUUCGACCUCGCCCUCUGGCCGCAGCUGGGCUCCGCCGAGGGCCACCCCCAUCCCCACCUCUUGGUUCAUUUGUGAUGGAUGAUCAUCAUCUCCGAAUGUUAGAAGAAGGCGAUGCUUAUGGUGCUCAGGGAGGGACUGGCGAUGCUUUUGGUGCUCAGGGAGGGACUGGCGAGAGCCCGACAAGUGUUAGCACAAUCCUUGCUGGGAUCCUUGCCCUCAGCGAAAGUGAGCAAAGGCAACUCAUGGAUCUAUGGCUGAAUCAGGCACCAGAAACGGUUAGAAAUCAAGCCAGGUCGAAUCCAUCACUCUCUGUUUUGGACCAACCAGAAGACCUCCAUCCUCAGGAAACCAUCAAUGGUAGGAUGUGGAGAACUUUCCUUGCAUCUGUUGGAUUGUCGGUUGCGUCAAAUCUAUUUCUCUAUUUGCAAUAUGUUGAAAAAAAGGCACUAGAGAAGGGUGAAGGAGUAGAGACACCGAGUGCGUGGGUCCAGGUAUUCGAAGAAUGGCUGAUGGAAAGGUUUCUUUCUCCCACCUUUUUGAUGUUCUUGCUGCUAGUGCUGAAUCUCUCCGUCAUUGAGAGUGAGAGACACAAGAUGAGGUUUAAGCACAACGGAGUAACAAAUAUCAUCAUCAACGGUCUCUCAAGAGGUGCCUUUUUGGGAGUCAGAUCAUUCCCAGGACUGAGACAUGCCGAGCUAUGGGCUCGGAUAGUUUCAGUAGUCAUUGAGAUUUUGGGUGCAGCCUUUUUGUAUUGGAAGAGAGGGCAUUGGGACCCCGACAUAGCUGAUGCCUGAGCAAUACUUGCCCAUUUGCAAGGAGUGGCGCCUGGAUGACGCCUACACGGAUACAUCAGUCCCAGAGCUACCAUUACCUUCAGUUGGUUGAGUGCCAAGCACCUUUACUUUCUGUAACGAAAAGCUGGUGUUAUGCACCAAUAGCUUCUGUAUGUACUCUAAAACAAGACAAGUUGGUAGGUUGCCCCUGAGGAGGGGGUGUGCUUUUGGCUGCAAAACCGUAUGAUUUAGGUAACUUUUCUUUUGAUAGCUGCUGUUACUGAACAUAGACUUAGCCAAAUCUAGUGUUAGAAUUGGUGUGGUCUGGAAUUAAAACAAAUAUUGAUACUUGUCUGGCAUUCUUAUUUGCUUUGUAAAAUCGCAAGGUAUUUGCUACUGAGGUAACUGGGAUACUGAACAAACA